UCUGUAUAUACAGUUGACCCUCACUAACUCUAACUAAUAGGGGGAAAGGUUGCUCCGACAAAUGUGAAUGUCCGACUUACAUGAAUUCCCUUCCCCAACCUCUACACACACUAAAAAAAGAUAACUCAGAUUUGGUGUAGGAUUUAUUUCUUUAAUUUUAGGGGAAUUUGAAAUUUUGGGAUUACAUUUCUCUCCAAAAUCUUCAGACCCUAAAUUACCAGAUGGGCAUGUACAGUACAUGUUUUAAUUCAUUUACUUUCUGCACGACAAGCAUGUGUUACAACUUAUCUAUUCACCUUUCACAUUACAAGAUCACAUUAUAAAAUUACCUAAUGUUCUGUAUUGAUUGAUUUCCCUUUAUUUGAUGCAUCUGUUAUGAUGUGUAUACACUAAUCUACUUCAAAUUACACAGGUUGACAGAAAUUUGCUACAAUGGAUAAACAGAAGGCCAAGAUAUUGCACGACCUCCUCAAGUCCUCCUCCGCUGACAAAACGUGCCGAGGCCUCAGGGAGAUCAAGAAGAGGCUGUUAACUAAUCUCGAAAACCUCUCUGUCUUUAGGACACUUGGACUAAUACCACAAGCCUUGAAACUAAUCCAGCGUCCCAACGAGGAGAUCUUGAAUGGGACACUGAGUAUCCUAAGCAGCUGCUGUACUGAUGAAGAUGCCCGCAGGGAGGUGUUCAGCGAAGGAGGCAUCACGCACAUGGUCAAUGUCCUGAAAUGUGCCAAGCUGGAGCCCUUACAGUUGCGUGCCUGCCGAACACUGGCCAACCAAGCACAACACAAACCAAGCUGUGAGAUGCUGGUGCGGCUGAAAGCAGUGGAGCUAGUGAUAGAAGUGUUGGAGGGCUGCCAGGAGGAGGAAACUAAGGUUGCAGGUAUUAGAGCUCUCAGACUCUUUGCUAACUGUGGGGAGCAUUGCCAGAAGAUCGUCACUUGCAAGGGCAUUCUACGUAUCUGCUCAGCCGGCUUUGGCUCAGCAGCGAGCUCCAACCUGGUGAGAGCAACAGUGAAGGCUAUUGCUCACUUCUCCAGGAUAUCCCACCCUGCUUGCAUCAGUCAGAUUAUGGAGGGGACAGACAACAUGAUUCUGAUAUCCAAAAUGUCGGACACAACUGACCAGGAGAUCUAUGAGUGUGUUCUCCGGACCAUACUCAACACAGUGCACUCCUGCUUCUCUCCAACCCCACACAAGCGUGACGCCCUGGAUGCCAAGGUGCUUGACCGCCUGUGCACUGCUACCGCCCCCUCCAUCAUCGUGGCCGAGCUGCAGAAUCGCCGCAUCACUACCAUUGAGGAGGAGAAGCUGAUCCUGGCACUGUGCAAGUUCUGUGAAGGAUCUAAUGAGUGCAACAAUCUCACCUUUGGAUCAUUCUCCGAGCCACCAACUUUCCUGGGUCGGGCAUGGAUGCAACUCAUUGACUGUGGUGGUGUAGCCAUGUUGGUGAGUCUCCUGCUGGCUCACCGUGCCCACCCCAAGCUGCGUCCGGCCCUCUUGCGAGCCAUCCUGGGCGUGGAGCAUAAUUAUUCCUAUAGAGACACAAUUCUGAAGCACCUUUUGGCGGCCAAGCUCUUGCCUCAGUUGGCAGAACAGUUUGACGAGUUGAUGACCAAGUACAUUGAGGUGCGCCGUGACUCCCUCCCAGGAAAGUGCAUCCACACCAUACUGAUGGGUGAUGAGGAGGCUGCAGUAGGGGAAGGAAAAAGUAAUGGUAGCAUAGAGAAAGGGAGAGAAGUGGAGGUAGCACAGAAGGACUUAAACAGUGAAAUAAACAAAAUGGAAGUAGAAGAGGAAGAGAAUAAACAUGACAUAACAAAACAGGAUAUGACUCACAAUUCAAAGAAAGCAUCCUUGACACCUUUGCAACUCAAGGACGCAAGAAUAGCCCCCAAGGAUUCUGGGCCUGGGGCAUCUCACAGCAGCUCUUCAUCAGCAUCCCCAGAGACAACAAACUCCAGCAACCAUCAAAGUCCCUUGCCAACCAGCUACUCAAACCCCAAGAGCCCUGGUAGUUUGUCCUGCUCUCCAAAAAGUCACCAGUCAUCCGAACAAGGCUCCCCAUCGUGGUCACCUCCAGCAGCAAGAAGUGAAUCUCCAACCAUAACUUCACCUCCAUUUGUUAGCAUGGCAAAUGUUCAUACCUCACCCCUCACCUCCCUGUUCCCUUGGAAUAUGGAAGCAGCUCAUACUUCCCCCACCGCCUCUCCACCACACUCCCCUCGCAUCCACUCCCCUCUGAUUGGCUCUCCACUACGUUCAACUUCCCCAAUCCGUGCACCGUCUGACUGGGAGUAUGAGGAUGAGGAAGAAAAAGAGGCAGAUGAUGAUGGCCGCUUCUCCCCAACAGUUCUUGAGUCAAAGUUAAGUGAGCUGGAGGAGAGUCAGGAGGAGUUGGAGGAGGAGGAGGAGAAUGAGAAUGAGGAAAGGAUGUCUGUGGAGGAGGAGGCAGAAACUUUGCUUAAAGAAAAGGAUAAUGAUGAGAGCAACAUUCAGAAGACAGGGAAAACUGUGGAGAAUUUAACACUUGAAGGUAGUACAGAGUCACCACUAAGCCCAAACACUGGGAAGAGAGGACGAGACUCCCCACUGACCAAGAUACAGGAGAAGAAGGUAAAGCUGAGUGAAGAGACUGAUGGUGCUGGGAGGGCUGAGGGGAGUGAUGCAGUUGAUCCUUCCUCCACAAGACAGUCUCCACCACCGAGGGAGGCCAGGAGCAGCGAUGUGAAGAUUGGUGGACAGGAUGGCAAGUCUCUCUUUGUCAAUCUGAACCAAAUCAAGUUCCGGGUGAGGAAAAAGGGUCAGACACGCCGCCAGCUGAGCAUGAGGGAAGUCUACACACCAUUGCAGGAUCAAUCAGUGACUGAAUCCAAGCCAAGUGAGAGGCAAAAGCACCAGCAGCACCACCAACAACAACAGGACCAGCAGCAGCAACAACAACAACAACAACAACAACAACAACAACAACAACAACAACAACAACAACAGCAGCAGCAGCAGCAGCAGCAGCAGCAGCAGCAGCAACAGGGGCAAUCACACCGAGGAAGGAGUGACAGCAUUUGCUCCUCCACAGUGUACUCUGACCUGACCCAGGAGGAAGCACAAAGCCUGGAGUUGCUGGAGUUGGUAGUGCGCGUCAUUGGCCAGGUUGCCCAUGUGAAGGAAGCCAUCAAACCUGUGUGCCGUGAGUUUGUGCCACGCAUCAUGACCUAUUUGUCCAAGGUGCAGGUCAUCCACAAGUCAGCCACACGCAUGCUGGUCACCAUAGCCAGGAAUACUCAGAGCAUACAGCCGUUACUGGACAGCCUGUUUAUUCCCUAUGUGGGUGUUGAGUUGGGGGAGGCGGGUGAUCCAGAGUCUCCCAAUGGGUGUUCACAGUGUAAGAUUCUGUCAGAAGGUUCAUCAGCAUUCCUGGACCAGAUGGUGAACUUCUUUAACCACAUCCACCAGUACGGGCAGUGCGAGGUGUCCAGCCGCCUGCACCCGUCACGAGAACUUUUGGUGCGUGAGGGGUGUGCUGUAGCCUUGCCUCACAUCACAAGGUGCCCUAAGCUGCUUCAUGACUUCAUGGUGUGUUACCCGGCCAUUGACUUACUGAUGAAUGUGCUGCACUCAUCCCAGCCCCCAGACCAGGCCAGCUACAUGUAUGCUACUGCCGCCCUCUCCCGCCUUGCCUCCGGUUUGCAGCUGGAGAACCAGUUCAGGCCAGUGCGGUGUGAGGUGUGCUACCGACGAGAGAGUCAUACCAAGGAGGAGGUGACCGCACAGCUCAAGAAUAAGAACAUGAGAUGUGGACAGACCCAGCCCACACACAUAGCCACACACACACACACACCUGCACCAAGUUUAAACGAAAGUACGGAGUGUCAGUGGCCGAAGGAUAAGGAAGAGAAGAAUGUGACGUUUAGACUUGAAGAUGGUAGUACAGUGUCAGCCAAUCGUGAGUCCCUGGCUGACAAGAAUGAGUUUUUGAGAGGGAUGUUGCUUGGGUCUUUCUCUGAGGGUAUAAGCUCUUCAGUGGACCUGCCUUGGGCCAACAAGGAGUCCACAGAGAUGCUCAUACAUUUUCUGCACGGCUGCCGGUUAUGCACACACAUGGAGAAAGGGGGGAUGCAGGCAUACAUGGAACUAGUGCUCAUGUCAGAGAUGUACUUAGUGGAGGAAUUACAGGUGUAUGCAGAGUCACGUAUGAUCUCUGCCAUAAAUGCAUGGGAGGAUAUUAUACAGAUAUAUGAGAGUGGAGUAGGGCGAAUUAAUGAAAAUAUCAUCCUGUGGGCCAUCUGCACAGUGCUGGUGAAGCCUAUGAAGACGUGGAAGAGGGCGCGAUGGAUUAAGGGGCUCUUUCAGUCGCCUCAUGCUAAAGACAUUGACCAUAACAUUCGUAUGAUUUUGCGCCAUCCACUUGACAUGAACCGCCUCGUGUGUAAUUGUAAUCAGUCAUUGUCCCUAUACAUGGUGAGUGAGAGUGAGUAUACUAAGUUAUGCUGAGUGUGUGUGCUCUUUGUUAUAGUACAUCACACUGAAAAAUGUAUAGGAAUAAGAACCCAUUAGGCCUACAUGUGAUAGUCUCUGUACCUCUUGGGAGUUCCUGUAUUUUAUGCAACCCUUUAUUACCUAGUUUACAAACGUGUUACAUAUUUACAUUUUCCCUUGUAAUGAAUCCUUUUCCUUUUUUAUAGUAUUUCUGUGUUUUCAAUCUUCAUUAGACAUUCAUCUUUUUUGUUGUUCUAAUUCUCUUUUACUGCUUUUAGUGUUGUAGUGUAGUGGUUAGCACACUCUGCUCACAACUGAGAAGGCCCAGGUUUGAGUCCCAGGGGCAGCAAAGCAAAUGGGCGAGCCUCUUAAUGUAUAGCCCGUUCAUCGAGCAGCAAGUAGGUACGGGAUGUAGCUUGAGGGGUUAUGGCCUCGCUUUCCCGGUAUGUAAAGUGUGAUGUGGUCUCAGUCCUACCUAAAGAUCGGUCUAUGAGCUCUGAGCUCGCUCCGUAAUGGGGAAGAUUGGCUUGUGACCAGCAGGCGACUGUGGAUACGAAUACCAAUGUGAAUUUUACAUCUUGUCAACUUACAUCUGUCCUCAUUGACGAGCUGAACAGUGUGUGUGUGUGUGUGUGUGUGAUAAAUUAUAAUGGCAUUGGUAGUUGUAUAUCUAAUUUCUCAAAAGCUUCUUCAAGUGUUCAGUAUGUGAUCUCACAUCAUUCUCAGUGAUUCUGGGUCACUUUAUUUAUUUAUUUAUCUAUUUUUUUGGCAGAUUGUUUUCUUAAAUAGUUUUCCCUGCAGUGACACUUUUAUCUUUCCUCUUAUUAUUUCUCUUCUUUAAAUUAUUGUUACACAAUCUUUUUAUUCUUCCAUUUCUCUUCCAUUUUAUUUGUUUCCUUGAUUUUCUUUUCUUAUAAUUCCUUUGUUUUUUUAUUUUGUUUCUUAAUUCUUUAUUGGAUGUUACUGCCUAUAAUCUCAAGUAUUAUUUAACUUCCAAAUCUUUGUUCUUUUUUGUUUCUUAAAUGUUUCCCUUGUGGUGUUGCAUAUCUCAGUAAUUACUGAACUAGUAAAUUUCCUACAGCAUCUCAAUUAGUUUCCUUAGUUGUUUCUGGGACAUAUAAUUCUCUCUCUCUCUCUCUCUCUCUCUCCAAUUAGAUAGAAUUUUUUUUUUUUACAUUGAAUAUCUUUUUUGAGGCAGUUUACUAUUUAUAAGAGUAACAAAAUUUUGAUGUUACUUUGGGUGACUUCUUUCUUCACACCUCGCACCAAAUCCUCAUGUUAACUUUGUGUCUUUUAGUUCAUUCUUUACUCAUCUUUUUUCUCAUUAACUUUUAUCAUUUCUUUUCCAGUUCAUCUCUUUUGUCUCAUCUUUCUCAAUACGUUGGCCUCAUCCCUUCCAGCUCAUCUCUACUUCACAUUUUUCGCUUAAAAUUCCAAAAUGCCUCUUGUUUCUGAUUACCUCAUUAUUUUCUGUUUUGUUCUCAUUGUUACUAACAUCUAUAUUUUUAUCCAUUUGUCUUAUCUAUUCCAUUAAUAUUUCUAUGUAAACUUUUUUCUUUUCAGUUCAUCUGUAUCACAUAUUCUUUUGUUGUAAUGAUUCACACCAAGGUAUGCCAGUGUGUCAAACAAGGGCUGAUGCAACACUGGGCACUAUGCAACACCUUGAGUGUCCUAUAACUUCUCAGGCUGUGCUCAGGAGGUUUUACCACUCACUCUCCAUCAGUUCUCAUUAUUGUUAAGAAAACUCUCCUCCUUUAUGAUGAGUCACUGUUGUGGGUCUCUUUCAUUCAUCACUCAGGCUGCAGCUCUUGCCAGUUUCUUUCCUAACUCAUCCAGAUAACUUGAGCGUAUACCAUAAUUGAGGUGUCUUGUGUUAAGUGCACCAGUCAGUCCAUGUCUAGUAACUGAAGUUCCCUGCUUUUAGGGAACAUCAAUUACUGAUUACUGGCAUCUGAUGUAGUGUCUUGUAUGAGAUCACACUUACAUAUUUCAGCAACUCUUUAAUACUUUCAAGACUAGAGGAAGUCAGGUAUAUGCUAUUGUGUCCUAUGUUGUUAAUCACGUGAUGCUUUUCAGUAAAUAGUGAAAUUCAUUGAAUACGAAGUGUACGAGUAAAGCUUCCACUUGUAUGUACAUAGUGUGUAGGAUUCAUAAUGUUGUGUAAUAAUUCAUAUGCCAUUGUUGAAUUGUUAUAUGCAUAUAAUUCUAUUGUUUUAUUGUUAUGUUCUCUGUGAGAAUUUAGUUUAAUCAGCAAGUGUAAAUUAUUGUGACUCCCUGGUGUUUGAGUGAGGCAGAGAGAAAUGUAUUCAGGAUGUCAAAGAGUGGAGGAGUGAGUGUAGCUAUAUGUAUCACAUUCCCUGUAUUUACUGAGCUUUAUACUCCACUUACUCUUCUCCAAGGUGGAAAUGCCAAAGAAUCUUAAGGUUACUAUCAGGGAUGAGCCAUGUUUGUAACAGCUGUAACCAUAUAAUUUACUCUCAACAUUCAUUCACACCUGAUGUCAUCUCGGCCACGUUAAGCAAGCUCUGGUAGAAGUUAUGGUGAUUAUCAAGGUUGUCUCUGAUUCUGCUCAUAGUUGAAGAAUUUAGGCUGUAGUGAAAGUCAUUUGCUGUUUUCAGUUAUAUGUUUAAGAUUCUAGAGGUAGCUGAGCAGGUCCUGUGUGGCCUUUGCAAAUAGUGGUGAUGAGAAAAAUUUUUUUUUUGAAGAAUAUGGAUUUAAUUGUGUGUACUUCACCAUGCUGAAGGAGGAACAAAAGGUGCAGUUCAAUACUUUUCAUUAUAUCACAGCUCUCUGAUGUGUACAAAGAUAUUUUGGGUAUAAUUAUUUUUAACAUAUCACAACAGGAAAAUAAUUCUUGGACAGUGUGUUUGUAUUCACUUUUCAAUAACACAAUACAUCUCAGUCACCUAAAACUAUACAUCAAGUGAGGCUGUCCUGAGGUGUUCUUUUGCCCUAAGAAAUGGCAUCACAAAAUCCAAUGAAUUUCAUGUGUAGAUGGAAAUGAAAUGAAUAAAUGGACCGAUGAAU